CUGAACAGUGGCAGCGCCGCAGCCGGGGCCCGAGCCCGAGCUCAGAAGCCGACGGGGCCCAGCCGGGAUGGUGCAGCGGCGGCUCCGCAGCGCACGCACGCACUGAGAGGGCCCAAGCUGGGCCCCGCGGCCUCCGCGCCCCCCGCCGCCCCGAUCCCGGCCGGCAUGAUGUGCCUGGAAUGCGCCUCGGCGGCGGCGGGCGGCGCGGAGGAGGAGGAGGCGGACGCGGAGCGGCGGCGCCGGCGCCGGGGGGCGCAGCGAGGGGCCGGCGGUAGCGGUUGUUGCGGGGCGCGGGGCGCCGGGAGCGCUGGAGUCGUGGCCCCCGACGAUGAGGUGCAGACGCUGUCCGGCAGUGUGAGGCGGGCCCCGUCCGGACCCCCCAGCAUCGCCGGCACCCCCGGCUGCGCAGCCGCUGCCAAGGGCCCCGGCGCACAGCAGCCCAAACCAGCCACCCUGGGCCGCGGGCGGGGGGCAGCUGCCGCCAUCCUCAGCUUGGGCAACGUGCUUAACUACCUGGACAGGUACACCGUGGCAGGUGUCCUUCUGGACAUCCAGCAGCACUUUGGGGUCAAGGACCGAGGCGCUGGCUUGCUGCAGUCAGUGUUCAUCUGCAGCUUCAUGGUGGCUGCCCCCAUCUUCGGCUACCUGGGUGACCGCUUCAACAGAAAGGUGAUCCUCAGCUGCGGCAUUUUCUUCUGGUCGGCAGUCACCUUCUCCAGCUCCUUCAUCCCCCAGCAGUAUUUCUGGCUGCUGGUCCUGUCCCGGGGUCUGGUGGGCAUUGGCGAGGCCAGCUACUCCACCAUCGCGCCCACCAUCAUUGGCGACCUCUUCACCAAGAACACGCGCACACUCAUGCUGUCUGUCUUCUAUUUUGCCAUCCCACUGGGCAGCGGCCUGGGCUACAUCACUGGCUCCAGUGUGAAGCAGGCGGCUGGAGACUGGCACUGGGCCCUGCGGGUGUCCCCUGUCCUGGGCAUGAUCACAGGAACACUCAUCCUUGUCCUGGUCCCAGCCACUAAAAGAGGUCAUGCCGACCAGCUCGGGGGACAGCUCAAGGCACGGACAUCGUGGCUCCGGGACAUGAAGGCUCUGAUCCGAAACCGCAGCUACGUCUUCUCCUCCCUGGCCACGUCGGCCGUGUCCUUCGCCACAGGGGCCCUGGGCAUGUGGAUCCCACUCUAUCUGCACCGUGCCCAAGUUGUGCAGAAGACAGCAGAGCCUUGUAGCAGCCCGCCCUGCGGGGCCAAGGACAGCCUCAUCUUUGGGGCCAUCACCUGCUUUACGGGCUUCCUGGGCGUGGUCACGGGUGCAGGAGCUACACGUUGGUGCCGCCUGAGGACCCAGCGGGCCGACCCACUGGUGUGUGCUGUGGGAAUGCUGGGCUCCGCCAUCUUCAUCUGCCUGAUCUUCGUGGCUGCCAAGAGCAGCAUUGUGGGCGCCUAUAUCUGUAUCUUCGUUGGGGAGACACUGCUAUUUUCUAACUGGGCCAUCACUGCGGACAUCCUCAUGUACGUGGUCAUUCCCACCCGCCGGGCCACCGCGGUGGCCUUGCAGAGCUUCACCUCUCAUCUGCUGGGCGAUGCUGGAAGCCCCUACCUCAUAGGCUUUAUCUCGGACCUGAUCCGCCAGAGCACCAAGGACUCCCCGCUCUGGGAGUUCCUGAGCCUGGGCUAUGCCCUCAUGCUCUGCCCCUUCGUCGUGGUCCUGGGUGGCAUGUUCUUCCUCGCCACUGCUCUCUUCUUCCUCAGUGACCGUGCCAAGGCUGAGCAGCAGGUGAACCAGCUGGUGAUGCCACCCGCAUCCAUGAAAGUCUGAGGUGGUGCUGCUGGGACAGUGAAGAACCCUUGCUCCUCCCUAGUCUGGGAGAUGUCCUUCGGCAUCCCGGACCUACAGGGCUGUCCCAAAGCUUUCUGUGUGACUCACAGCUGGGCACCCAUUCUCUAUGGCCUAGGACUGCUGAGUGGCCCUGGCUCCAAGAGGAGGCUGCGUCCUCAGUUAACCUGGAAGGCUGUGUGUGUUGGAGCCACUCAGUUGGACAGAUUCCCAGUCCUGGGUUUGGGUUUCAGGGGCCCUGGGGCCAAGGGAGAAGACAGCCCCAAGUGGGUGUGUUGGGAGAACCUGGCCUGCCACCAGCUUAUGUGAUCUUGGGCAAGCCCCUGCCCUCCCGAGGUCAUGGGGCCAGGGGGCUGGACUUCCCCGCACAGUAUGUUGGGCAAUGCACUCUACACAGCUUUGAAGACCCAGUGGGUGCUGCACUAUACCGAGAGGAGAUGGCUCAGGCCUCAGAGCCACAAUUCAAAUUCUGAAGCCCCGUGAAGGUCUUGGCACAGAGACCAUGCUCUGACCUUGGAUUCAAGCUGGCACAUGGAACCCAGCACCCUUCACUGGGUGCUUCCUACCCUGGCUGGUCACUCUGAAGGACAUUUGUCCCUGCUGCCUUAGGCUGGCUUUUCACCUGGAGGUCUCAGGUGAGGACUGUCCCUUUACAGGGAGCUGGCAUCAGCAGGGGUAGAGGCCCUGGCAGCAGCUGCACACCAGGCUUGAAAUCUCUGGGAGCUACCCAUUAGCCCACCUCUGCUGGACCCCUGGAGCACCUUCACUGACACCCCAGAUAGCCAGGGGCCCACUCCCUCCUCCCAGGCUGGCUGAGCCUUUUCCAAGGAUGGGGCCCAGAGAGCAAUUCCCAGAACCCAGGGGGUGGUAGCCAGCGCUCUGGCUGCUGGAGGAAGCAGCUAUGAACUCAGCUUCCUGCCCAGGAGAUGGUCUGUGGAGGCUGAGGCCUGUCCAAUAGCCAACACCACCAGCCACAGGCUGCAGUGGUUCACAGGCACGCGCAUACACACUCCCAGCUAACUCUGGGUGGGGGGCAGGCCUUCACCGAGUCCCAUCUUUGUGCACACACACACUUAUCCUUGAAACCACACACUAGGGUAAAGCUGUCACCUCACACCAGCCCCUGGGGGAGCUGAUCCCUACCGCUCCAUACCCCCUUGCACAUUUGCUGCAAUCAAGGUGGCUCUGGUCCAGAGGGGCUGCCAUGGCCCAUAGGAGACCCUGAGCUUGGACAAUGCUCCCUUUGCCCCUUAGUUACUGGCUGGCUGUGGCUUCAGUGGUGUUAGCUAGUGGAAUACCCACCCCACCAAGCUCUGGGGCACCCUGGGGGCUGGACAAGGGAGUGGGGUGGGGAUGGUAUCCCCCAAAGACCAGUCUGGCCUCCACCCAGCCUCAGCCAGGGCCCCAGCAAUGUUUUCUUGUUGUACAAGAACCAGGUCCAGUGUUGCCUCCUCUUCCUUCCGGAAGCCAAACUGCUCCUUUAUUUUUUAGAGCUGCUGAUUGUGAAUCUCAGAGUCUUAAGAGAGAAGCCAAAUAUAUUCCUCUUGUAAAUGAAGAAAUAAACCUAUUUAAAUCAUG